AUGGAGACUACAGACCUGACUGGAAUUCCCACAAAAACGAUCAUGGGACCCAUUAACUACAGGCCUCUUAAGCAGCUAGGGAGUCCUGGACUUAUAGUAGAACCUCCCAAGCACCGAACCGGCAUCGCCAGGAUCAGGUUGGCAACCCCGGCGCAAUUGAAGGUAGUAGACAAGCUACUCAACCCGGGGGGAAUGGAGUUGCCUGACGCUGCUUACGAAGGUCCAGGGUUGGCAGAGGAUCCCAGGUACGGGAAGCCCUGUGGCGCCUCAUGUGUGACUGUAGUAGACGAAUGUUACAUUCCGAACCCAGUCUCGUUUUACCUCCACAAGUCACCAGAAAUUGUUCACAUGAUUGAAACUUUGGGCAAUCAUUUUAUCGAGUUGGUUGCUCCCUGGUUAAUGUUGGUGCCACUUAGAUGUUGCCGAUUGUUCGCUGGUUUUGUACAGAUUUUCUUCCAAGUUGUUCUUAUUAUGAGUGGGAAUUUAAGUUUUCUAAAUUGGCUGACAAUUUUACCAUCAAUUUGCUUCUUGGAUGAUUUAUUUCUGAGUAGAAUGUUUUCGACGAAGAGUAUUAAAGAGGCUUCAAAAAUGAAUACUUUGCUACUCUAUAGUAACUACCACCGAAUAACGAACAAAAUUUACAAAAUAGUUCAUUUUUUGCUAUUGAGUUUAAUCGCUUAUUUGAGCAUUCCUAUUGUUUCGAAUUUGUUGUCAUCACGACAAUUAAUGAAUUCCUCGUUCGAUAAUUUUCGAUUAGUCAACACCUACGGUGCAUUUGGUAGCGUGACUAAAACGCGAACUGAAAUUAUAAUUUUAGGAACAGCGUCAGAUUAUCCCAACGCCCCUCAAACAGAAUGGUUUGAAUAUGAAUUUAAUUGCAAACCGGGAAAAUUGAAUAGACGGCCUUGUUUGAUUUCGCCUUACCAUUAUCGGUUAGACUGGUUGAUGUGGUUUGCUGCUUUCCAAAAUUACCAGCAAAAUCCUUGGUUAAUACAUUUGGCAGCCAAAUUUCUGAUGAAUGAUACUGAAAGUUUGGGUUUGAUUUCGGAAAACCCUUUCAAAGAACAACCCCCAAAUUUUAUACGAAUGGACCAUUAUUUGUACAAUUACGCCGAUAUGACAAAUGAAAACGGAGUGUGGUGGAAUCGAAAGUAUAUAGGAGAGUAUAUGCCAGUUGUCAGUUUAAAAGAGUUGGAACCAAUUUUGAAAAGACAGCAGUGGCCUAUCAACCCUAAAACUCCGACUGAGAAAAAAAUGUUUCACAAAAAGAAAACAAAAUCUGAGCUUUAAAUUCGAAAACUUUAUAUGAUGCUUAAGUCAACUGUUUGAU